UCAGUUUCAAUUUGGCAGCAUCCCACUGAAAAUGGCGGACGACAACGUCGAUAUCUCUCGAGCUAUCCGCCAAAUGCCUUCAUCAAAUCACAUUAGGAGAGCUGUAUUCUGGUAGGAACUGUGGAUAUUUAAGAUCCGACAAUAUAGAAAACAUUGUGAGGUACAAGUCUGGAAGCAUACCAGCUACCAAUGAGGAAAUCUUGGGGAUUAAACUAACGGUAAAGCAUCCACGUCGAACAUUUUGUGGGACCAUUUUAGUGCUGGCAGCAUUGGAAGCGCACAGGAGCAGCAGGACCAUUAUCGUGUUGUGCAAGCACUUGUUACGCUCAUCCUCUGGCGUGCUGUUCUGGUAGUGUGGUGGUGUCCAUUGCAUUUGCUGCAAAGAUAGAGAGACUACAUGCAACUCAAACUGUUUUUAGUGUUCGAAAUUUAUAGAAGCGUGUAUUAUCCUUGCAUGAAAUAAACAAAGACAACCAUCUAUCCAUAACUGUUAAUCUUAUUGAAGUUUGGAUAUUUUCUCUUUUUUUUCUCUGCAAGUGCAUUUUAUUGGAAGUUUUUAAAUUUUGUUGAAUUUCAUUCAGUGGGUCACUGGCCAACUCCCGGCCAGAGGACACAGAGCGUAGAUAACUGUAUUUGGACAAGUGACGGGUGCAAGCUUAAGUCACAAUUGACUUAGAUAUUCCUGUCCAAGUGUGCUGUCCAUCAACUUCUUGGCCUUUGGAUUUAUUUUUGGAUCAUUAUUCAAAAGACAAGCAAUAGAUAGACACUUUUGAACGGAGUGCUUCAAGAUCUUGUGGCCUUUUCAGGGAUGACGGAUAUUUCAUACAUUUUUCUGUAGCAAAACACCAAGACAUCAAAAUGAGUAUUGCACAUCAAGGGUUAACAAAGAAUAUGAAGGCAGAUCCCGAGAAGCUCUACACAAAGCUAGAGCGGAUCGGCAAGGGAUCCUUCGGUGAGGUCUACAAGGGCAUAGACAAUAUCUGCAAGGAGAUAGUGGCCAUCAAGAUCAUAGAUCUUGAGGAAGCGGAAGAUGAGAUCGAAGACAUUCAACAGGAGAUCACUGUCCUCAGUCAGUGUGAUUCUGCCUAUGUCACUAAGUACCAUGGCUCAUACCUCAAGGGAACAAAGUUAUGGAUCAUCAUGGAGUACCUUGGAGGAGGAUCCGCCUUGGAUCUUCUGAAAGCUGGUCAAAUAGAUGAGAUCUAUAUAGCCACAAUUCUACGUGAAGUCAUCAAGGGAUUAGAUUAUCUUCACUGUGAAAGGAAAAUUCAUAGAGAUAUUAAAGCUGCAAAUGUGUUACUGUCAGAGAACGGGGACGUCAAACUUGCUGACUUUGGUGUGGCCGGUCAACUCACGGAAACGCAGAUCAAAAGGAAUACAUUCGUUGGUACACCAUUCUGGAUGGCACCAGAAGUCAUCAAACAAUCAGCAUAUGACUCAAAGGCUGACAUGUGGUCCUUAGGCAUCACAGCCAUUGAGCUGGCGAAAGGGGAACCCCCUAACUCAGACCUCCACCCCAUGAGGGUACUCUUCCUCAUCCCAAAGAACAACCCACCCAAACUAGAAGGCAGCUAUAGUAAGAACUUCAAAGACUUUGUAGAAGUCUGCUUAAACAAAGACCCACGGCAUCGGCCUACAGCCAAGGAGCUCUUAAAACACCGUUUCAUCAAGCAGGCAAAGAGAACAUCCUACCUCACAGAGCUAAUUGAACGAUACAAGAGAUGGAAAGCAGAAGGGAACGACUCGCCAGACUCGGACCCAGAAGAUAAUGAUUUUCCCAAUGACACCCUGCAAAAUAGUGUGCCUCCGUUCGAAUACGACACCAUUAGGGGAUCACCGUUCAUUCCGGAGCCGUCGAUAGACUCCCGUCCGGAACCCGUAGAGUCCAUCCCGAGAAGACAACCCAAAUCAGAGUGCAUUCAAUCCCUCCUCGUUCCUAUACUCAGAGGCCUCAAGCAAAAGAAUGACGGUCUAUCUGGUGCCAUCGACGAGCUACAGAACAGUUUUGAUAUGGCAGAAGAAUCAAGUCCUGGGAUCUGUGAUAGAUUAGUUGGUCAGAUAGUGUCAAGAGUAGAAAGUCCACCCAGGCCAUCAGUAUCAAGAUCUGGUCAACAUUAAUCUUUCCUCACAUCAACAUCAACAUCAUCAUCUAACUUUCUGAGCCAUCAGUGUCCUCUGAACGAUCAGUGUCAUUGGUGUCAUCGGACCUGUACAUCCAUGAGUAAGCCAUGGCACGGAUUCUUCUACGAACAAUCUUUGGUUGAAUGUUGUAGAAGUGGUUUCAUUGGUAAUAACACUGAGGUGACCACUGUGAUCAAGUCAAGACAUGGAUUCUGCUCUGAAAAACCAUCGGCAGAUGUUGCAGAAGUGAUGUCAACGGCAGUAAACUCGAUGUAGAAUACCAUAACCAAGACAUUCUUCUACGAACAAUCAUCGGCUGAUGUAGAAGAAGUGUCAGCGGCAGUUCUACAAAUAAAAAUCAUCAGAAAGUGCAGAAGUGGUGUCAGUGGCAGUUCUUCUAAGAACUAUCAUCAGCACUGGAAGAAACAAGUCGGUUCUAUCAUACAGCAGCCAACACAUUGAUUCUACAAGCAAUCACCAAAAUGUCAAAGAAGUGCCUUGGUAGCAAGAUGCAGGAGGCUUCUCUGCUUCAGUCAUGUCAUCAUAUGAAGGUUACAGGGAAGAAAGAAUAUCUUUGAAUGAUCAGAGAUAGUGAUGUCAUCGAUGAUGUCAGCAGAGAAUGGCAUCUUGAGGCUUCUUCUUUGCUGCAGUUAUAGCAUCAAACAGCUCAUGGAUCAUGCCGUGUGGGGAAGGAAAGCUUUUUGAGGAAUACCGUUGAAUACUAUACAAGAUGGAUUGUGAUGUCAUUGAUGAUGUCACCAGAUAAGUGCUAAUAUUCUGAAAGAGCACAAAAAUGACAUGCUGUGAACAAAGACAUGUAAUAUGUGCUUUGAAAUGUCUCAACAGCCAAUUCUGUCUGGUUCUGGAAAGAAAUUAGUGUCUUCUUUGAUGGCAGUUUGUUCCUGUAAGACAUCAAUGUGUGCCCUCCGCUUUCGUAGAAGAAUUGUAGCCAUGGUAGACAACUUUGUCAGGAAUCGUCAGCUUGAAUGAGAACAGGUGUCUUCUUUGAAGCAAAAUUAGCUGGAAAGGAUUAAUGUGUCACCAUGUAGGAUACUUUCAGACACAAAAAAAUAUUAGGAGCCAAAAAAUGAUUGCUGUGUCUGUUUGCUUUUGUAGCACAUUGACAGCCACAAUAAUGAUGUGUGUGGUUCAAAUGCCUUAUCGCAACUCUACUGCCGCAUAUUGUAACAUGCGGGAUUGCUACAACAUGGAGUCACAGCUGAUAGUCUACGAAGAUUGCAACGGCUCUCGUUCUUCUCAACCUACAAUUGCAGAUAGGCCUAAAUACUGUGCUACUGGGAGAGUAGCUACAUUUGACGAUUGUAGGCGUAACUCGAUUGAGUUAUAAUAACGACAUUAAGACAAAGCCUUCUGCGACUUUGUGCAUGUUUGAGAAAGGAAUGGUUGUCUCGCAACAAUUUUAUUAAGAAGAUAAGGGUUCCUAAUCUUCAUUUUCAGGUAGAAUGCCAUGCGAUCAUAUCUAAUAACUAGGUUUAUUGCCUAAAUGUAGCUUUGUCAUGAUACUAUGUAAUAUGACAAGUUGUUAUUUCAUUACUGAAUCAUUUAACUCUUCUUACUCUUCUUUCUCUCAAUGUAAUGGAAUUUGCACCCAGCGGAACAGAUGAGGGGGAGCCACUAGUCUGCUGUGCAAACCCUUCACUCGUGUUAAGGGUCUGAAUGUGCAGCCUAUAAUGCCUUGUGUACUGCAGGCCCUCUUGAUCCAGCAAGUUUCAUAUGUGAUAGUCUUUGUGUGGAGACCCGCUUGUUGAUCAAAGUUUCAAUUAGGGUCUGUGCCUGCAGACUAAGGAUCCAUAGUGUAUUGAUACAUUACUUGUACUUAGUAAUAUGGAGCCUAAGAAUUACCAGUGUACUGAGUAAUAUACACUUUAUAAGCCAUCCAUUUCACAUGCAGGUAUUUCCACAUAUUUUAGAUUAAGGCUUCCAGGGCAAGGUUCAGGGGGGUGUUUCACAAAGACCUAAGAGUGACUCGACAUCUCACCUUCCUAGUUAUCACACAUCUCUGCAUUGGUCAGAUCAUGUUCUGAGGAUGUGCACUGUGUGUAUGUACAUCAUUGAGGUUAUGCUGAAGUACUAAAGCUGGGAUAAUGAUAUCCAAGUCCUUGGCGGGGCAUAAAGAUGUUAUUUCAUAACAUUACAUGCAGUAUACCAGUAAUCAUGAGUUUGUUGGCACUUACACACAAUAUGAAGUCACCCUUGAUUUUUCGUGAAACAGACCCCUGUCCCUCAACCUUCUGUUUCGUCAUAACUGAGUUGGAGUGUUCUCUCAAUGUUUCAUGAUUUCCUCGUAGUAUGUGUGUUGUGUAGAAGAAAAAACUUGUUAUGGUUUUAUUUAUUCAUUUUUUCAAACAUUUUGAUAUUGCAAACCUGAAUCUCAUAUCAUAUUCACUUUAUAAUAUUCACAGAGCUGUUUGCAUACAGUAUCAAUUUCUCAGUUGCAAUAAGUCAUUUGCCCCACAGAGGUUUGUGACCCAUUAUGAAGAUGUUUUAUUCUUCCUUUUCCAAUAUUAAAGAGUGAUCUGGAGUAGCCUUAAUACAUCAGUAUGACAUAUAUCAUAAGUGCUAUUAAUAUUCAUAUUAUUGAUAUUAUUCCUGAAUUUAAUUGGACCCUUGUUGGUCAGAUCACCCCCUUUAAAUUUUCAUAAUUGUUAUUGUUAAGCUGUUUCUGAACCAAUUUUGUUUUAACAAUUGACACCUGUAUCUUGAAUUUAGGAACUAACAUCAAUACACAUUGAUGUGGUCAUUUUCAUUAAAGUGGACAAAAUCAGUGAAAUAUCCAAAGCCAAUUUCCCCCUUGAGUUGAAUUUAAACUUUAAAUUUCAAGUAUUAUGCAAUAAUCAGUUGUGUGUGAUAUUAAUUAUCCAAUUCAGUGAUCAUUACAUAACAAUACAAAACAAACAGUCUGCAAGAGGAUAUCAAUAUUAUAAUAUAGUAUUUGUCAUACUAUGGUUCCAAAUAAGAAAUCCUUGCACAAGGUAUCAAUCAGGGGAUCACAGCUAGGAAUUCCUGUUGUUUUCAAUUGUCAAUGGUUUCUGUGGUAAUAAAUUACUUUGACGUUAUUUGGUACUCUAUGAAAUAAUAUAAGUUAACAAUCAAAUUGUCCAUGUAUGUAUAUAUUACAUUCUCUUUGGGAUUGUUGCUAUCUAUUGUAAGAUGAGAAUAUUUUUCAAGAAUAUUUUUCUUUUUUUUAAAUGAUUUUUCUACCGUCAAAGAUAUAUAAUCUCUUGAACAAUUCACUACUUCUUGAUAAAAAAAUUUCAUGUCAAUUUAUCCAGAACUUUUCUAAAUUUGAUUAUGUCAUGUAGGAAUGUUGUGGUGUAGUGGUUCUCACUCUCGCCUUUUAAUCAGUGGGUUGUGGGUUUGAAUCCCAAGUUCCCAACAAUGGCAUUAUUUCCUUCAGCAAGAAAUUUUCCAACAUCCUGCCGUGCUCAACCCAUGUGAGAAAAAUGGGGACACCAGUCCCAUAACACAAAGGUUAGCGAUUGAUCAUAUGCUUGAUUUUCAUGAUUGAUUGUACAUUGUAGUCAAUGCAAUCAAUCAGAAAGAUAUUCUUCCACAGUGAUUGCUAAGCUUUGUGUUACGGGCCAGUGGAAGGAAUUUAUUAUUUGAUAUGCAGUGUGCAUAACAGCUACUUAAAGCCAGGGCAAUCUUGCUGUAUCCUUGCGGAGUGCUUAGAGACUUCUGAUAAAGAAAGUUAUAAGCUCUAUAACAACUUGGUGGGCCAAUCAGUCCACAUCAGUUUCAUAUUUUUGGUGGCCUGCAACGCAAAUUUGAUGGCCCUAAAACUAUAUAAAAUAUUACAAUUGAUUAAAAUCUUUGGUAGCCCAACUGGGCCACCAAGUGUGGUCUUUUACAGAAUUUUGGUGGCCCGACUCUCAUUUUUGGUUGUCCCGGGCCACUGCUAAUUUCAAGCCUGUCUAUAAGCACUUAUGAUAAUCUUUUUGCAGUUGGCUAUGUGACCAUUUCAUAUCAAAUUGAUUACAAUAAAAUUGAUAAAUUCAGUAAUUCCAGGAGCAUAAGAGAGCAAAAAUGACAUCAAAAUUUGAUUGACAGCAAGAACGGUACAGCAAUUUCCAAAAUGAAAUUUUCCAUUUUUUAUCAUGCUUGAAUUAAAAGUAGAUUAAAAUAAAAGAAAUGGGUAUCAAAAUUAAUAUUUAUUUAUAUGGAAUGGAUCAGAUAUUUAUUUUCUCGUGAGAGAAGUAGUGAAUUGUUAAAGCCUUCAACUGAAUGUACUUUGCAUGAAGCUGUAUGCAGCGGAUUUGAGUAACCAAAUAUGAAGCAGCAUUAUUUUGACCUUUUGAGACUAGAAUUUAUACAUAUAUGUUUUAUUUUAUUGAUUAUUCUGUAAUACGCAGUUGGCCCCUUGCAGGCUUUAAUAUGUAAGAUUGUGUGUUCAUGUUUAUUCUUUGAAUAAUUUUGUCUAUUUUCUUGUUUGGAAUUUGGUUUGUAUUCUUUUCUUUGCACAAAAUUAUUCAGAGUGCUGCAUUAGUACCAUCUUUCAUAAAACUUCUAAUCAACGACAAUCUGCAAGCUAAUGUUGUAAGCUUCUGAAUUGAUGCAAUUUGAUUGGUCGAAACUGCAUUUGUUGCAGAAUGCAUGUUUGAAAACAAGUUUUAUGGGAAAUUUGUCUAGGUCCAGUUUUGAAUAUAGUUUUAUUCUGUAAUGAUAUUUUACGGAGUGUUCCGAAUGGUCUCAAUAAAAGGUAUUUUUGUUUUUUUCAUUUCUGUGUGCAAGAAAUAUCUCCUUCCAUUAGUAAUACUAGUUUUUUCAAAUGUUCAACUUCUCUUUGAAGUAUGAAUUAACUUAUUUUAUAUAACGGUGGUGCAUGUCACUUUAAAUGCAUUUAAUCCUCUUUUAGGCGUAAAAGAACACACAAUUAAGAACAUUAAAAUUUAUCCUUUGAAUAUAUUGACAAUGAUCAGAUUUCUAUCAUUAUGUGUAACUUGUAUGCAAAUCAGUUUGUACAUUUUCUGAUUCUUGAAUGAAACAGAUAUAUGAUCCGAGUGGAAACCUACAUGUAUUUUGUACCGAGUAAUUUUUAUGGUAUUUAUCUUUAAUAUGUAAUAAGAUAUUUUGAUAUGUACAUGUAUAACUCCAGAAACUCAAGUGUGAGGAGAUUUAUUUUGUAUUGUAGGAUUGUAGGGACGCUUCAUGCCGCUUUUGACAUUGUUUUUCUUAAUUAUUUAUAAUUAUUCCAUCAAAAUUUAUUUCAUUAUACAGGUAAGAUCUUCAAAGUGUAACAAUUUAUUUUUCUUGUUGUAGUCUGAAUUUUUAUUUUGGUUGGUCUGUUUGUUAUUACUAAUUAUUCAAUUUGCUUGCAUGGUUAGAAAUUGAAACCUUUUUUUGUAAUAUUACUCAUGUUCUUGACAAUUAUUGUCUGCUUACCUCAUUUAAGUAACUUUUCUUUGUUCCUUAGAAGAUAUAAGAAUAUAUAUACAUACAAGAUCAUCGAAUUAACCUUUUUUCUUGAUUCUAGGUUUUCCCCUGAGUCAAAAUAUAACAAUUUGAAAAUAGUUUCCAUUUAUUUAUUUCCAUUAUUGUUAGAUUAUGUAAAACUGUGAUAUAGGGAUGAUGGGAGAGAUUGUAGAUUUGUAGAAAAUACUGAAGGGAUAGUUCCUUUGUUGAAAGGAAGUAUAUUUCUUAUUUUUUGUAGGAAUGAUGUGUCAGAGAUUAAGAAAACAUUGGUUUGCAGCAUGCACAAAAUACAAUAAUUUUUUUUGUCGGCAAUAGAGUUUGUUUGCAGUUUAGAUGUUAAUAGUAACAAAUAACCUAUGAAAAUUUGCAGCCCUGUGGUUAUCGCUCUAUGUCAUGAAGCCAUCGAAACAAUAUUUUGCAUUUCUAUGUUAUUGCAUUUUGUGACUUCUUCCAUGAGAUAUCAAUAUAAAGCUUGAUAUUGAAAUGCGCUUAUUUAAAUAUAGGGCAAUUCCAUAAAAUGAUCAACCUUUUUGUACAUCCGACCCCCAUUUUACUUAAGUCUUACUUCACUUCAUGAACUGACCAAGUCAUGGUCAUUUGAGAAAAUUACAGACUGUCAACAGAACAAGAAAUCAGAGACAGAAAAUUUCAUGAAGGUCCCACAUAUAUGUAUAGGGGGUCGGACUUACAUAUUUUAUGGAAUUACCCAGGAUUAACUUUGAAUUUAGCCCAGAGUUGAUUAAUCUUAAAGGCCCGAGAGAUAGGUUAACAUUAGCCUGUGAAUUAGAAUUGACUCACCUUUGUGUACCCUGGGCCAUGUUUCAUAAUACUUAUUUAUUUUUCUGGGACAUUUCUUAUUGAAACCAUUACUCUAUUUUUGGAUACCCUAACGAAACGUGCAUUGAAUAUUUGGAUGUCCAUAAACUUAGCGCUGUGAUGGUUUGUGAAAAGGGUCCCUGAUGAUAGAUUAUCAAAUUUAAGUGCAUUGAAUUCAAAAUUACAUUAGGGUUUCACAAGAGCAGAAGUAAAUUAGGCAUAAUCUCAAAAAUAUUGUUUUAUUUGUUGAUACUUUUCCCAAUGUAGUUUAUGGCAAGUCCAAGAACUAGAUAAACAUUUUUAUUUUAGUGUGACUAAUAAGCGUCAUCUUGAGUUUAUGAUACUAUAAAUAGGAAAAUAUAUAUAAGAGAUCAGUAUUUGUUUUGUUUUUAUUUGCUUUGCUCGAUGAUUGAUUCUGUUUUCUUUCUCCUGUCAUGUUUUCAUACAAAUCAAAACGUAGUUGGAAGAAAACUAUUGUAAUUAUUUUUGUCAAAACUGGUAAUGUACAAAUGAAGAACUGACGAUGAAA